AUGACCGACAAGAUCACCGCCGUUGCGCCGCGCAAGCCAGAUAUCGGCCAGUCUUCAUCAAAAGAUCCCUUUAGCAAGCAAUUCGCCCAGCAGCUAGAAGACCAUGAGAAAGAACUGGAUCUACGCGACGAUACCGUCAUCCAAAACAACAGAUUCGCAUUCACGCCGACGCAACUUCACAAGCUCAUCACCGCGCGCAAUCUUUCAGCACUCCGACGCUUCGGUGGUCUCCCUGGCCUCGCAACUGGCUUGCGAACCGAUCUCGCCGCCGGAUUGAGCGUGGACGAGACAAGCCUCGACGGCACAAUCUCGUUUCAAGAGGCUGUUGCCGCAGGGGAGGCCCACCGGGCUGCCGAAAUCACUCACCUACCUCCAUCCACACAACACAAGCACGGUCUGAAGCUUGACUUGGAUCUGAUCCAACAUGAAGCCGAAGCCUACACCGACCGGAGACGCAUCUACGGCGAAAAUAGGCUCCCAAAACGAAAACAAAAGUCCUUUCUAAGGCUGGCAUGGAUCGCGUUCAACGACAAGCUCAUGUUCCUCCUCACAAUCUCAGCUACAAUAUCUUUGGCGCUGGGAAUCUACGAAACAGUGGAAGCGUCUGACGACGAGCCGAAUAUUCAAUGGGUUGAUGGUGUGACUGUGGUAGUAGCUAUCCUGGUCAUCGUGUUCGCCAGCGCAGCUACGGAUUGGCAAAAGAACGUCCGGUUCGCUAAGCUCAACGAGAGAAAAGAGCAGCGAGAUGUCAAGGUCAUCCGGUCCGGCAAGACGCAGAACAUCUCCGUGUACGAUGUGCAAGUUGGAGAGAUCAUGCAUAUUGAGACUGGAGAUGUCGUUGCAGUCGAUGGAGUACUGGUUCAGGGUUCGGGCAUCCAGGUCGAUGAAUCCUCUCUUUCGGGAGAGUCUGAACUUGUACACAAGAACGUGCCUAGCGAGAGCGAUAUUCACAGCCAGAAAGCCCACAGGUCUUCGGCGACUGACCCUUUCAUUCUCAGCGGGACGACGGUAUCUGGCGGCGUCGGUGCUUACUUGGUAACAUCAGUAGGAACCAACUCGACGUACGGCAGGACGUUAAUGUCACUACGAGAGGAUGUCGAAGAGACCCCUCUGCAGCAAAAGCUGGGAAAGUUGGCCAAGCAGCUCAUCACGUUUGGUGCCAUUGCCGGAAUCAUCUUCUUUCUCAUCCUGUUUAUCCGUUUCCUCGUCGGGCUCCCGACAAUGCAAGGAACGCCCUCUGAAAAGGCCGAGACGUUUUUCAAGCUGCUGAUUCUCGCCGUCACUGUCGUCGUGAUCACCGUGCCGGAAGGUCUUGCCCUUGCAGUCACGCUUGCUCUCGCUUUUGCUACUACCAGGAUGCUCAAAGACAAGAACCUCGUGCGUCUGAUCCGUUCGUGUGAGAUCAUGGGUAACGCCACAUGCAUCUGCUCGGAUAAGACGGGGACAUUGACACAGAACAGUAUGACGGUCGUCACUGGUAGAAUCGGCCUCUUUGAACGCUUCGGCGACGCGCCGAAAGAGAUUGGCAAUGAUGAUGUGAAGAAGGACCCGAGCACCGACGACGCUUCAGACCAGGAAAACCCGAGAGUCUUGCUAGAAUCCUUGAGCGGCGAUGUGAGAGCGCUGAUGAAGAACAGCAUCGCGCUGAACACGACGUCGUUUGAGAGCGAUAACCCGAACGAUGCUGGUUUCGUGGGGACUAGCACCGAGACUGCUUUACUGAGGUUCAGCCGCGAGUUCUUUGCCAUGGGACCAUUAAGCGAAGAGAGGGCCAACAACGAGAUUGUCGACAUGUUCCCCUUCGACGCGUCACGCAAGUGGAUGGCGGUGAUGUCAAAGCUGCCCGAUGGUAAACACCGGCUUCUCGUCAAGGGUGCGGCCGAGGCCGUAUUCGACCAGUGCGCAAAUGUUCUCAAGGACCCAAAGGCCGGACUCGCCGUUCGGCCCGUCACGACAGAAAUACGCGACGAUCUGCGAUCGACGAUCCGCGAGUACGCCAAACAGAUGCUCCGACCGAUUGUCAUCGCCUACAAGGACAUCGAGGCCCCGUUCGAGAACCCGGAAGACCCAGACUCGAUCAAGUUUGAGGAGCACUUUGGCGACAUGACCUUUAUCGGCGUGUUUGGUAUCCGCGACCCCCUUCGCCCCGAGGUCCUCGAUUCCGUGCGCCAGUGCCAGGAGGCCGGGGUCUUCGUGCGCAUGGUCACCGGAGAUAACUUUCUGACGGCAAAAGCCAUCGCGUCAGAAUGCGGUAUCUAUUCAGCCGGUGGCCUGGCCAUGGAUGGGCCGACGUUCCGGAAGCUGACGCCCGCACAGCUGGAUCUGGUCAUUCCGCGGCUUCAGGUGCUGGCGAGAUCUAGCCCGCAAGACAAGUUGCUACUCGUGACUCAUUUGAAGGGGAUGGGAGAGACGGUUGCGGUAACUGGCGAUGGCACCAAUGAUGCUUUGGCUCUCAAGGCCGCGGAUGUAGGCUUUGCUAUGGGGAUCCAAGGAACAGAAGUCGCUAAAGAAGCUGCGUCUAUCAUUUUGCUCGAUGAUAACUUUGCCUCGAUUGUGAAGGCUUUGGUGUGGGGUCGCACGGUGAACACGGCUGUAAAGAAGUUCCUCCAAUUCCAAUUCACAAUCAACAUCACCGCGGGUACUCUGACUGUUGUCUCUGAACUGGCAGGAGACUCCAUCUUCACUGUUGUCCAACUCUUGUUCAUCAACCUCAUCAUGGACAUCUUCGCCUCGCUCGGUCUGGCAACCGACUACCCCUCACCAGACUUCCUCAAGCGCAGGCCCGAACCACGCACGGCACCCAUCGUAAACAUCACAAUGUGGAAGAUGAUUUUGGGCCAGGCAAUCUACCAGCUGGCAGUCAUGUUCACCCUCCACUACGCAGGAGAUCAACUGUUUCACCCCACCACAACUGCCGAGCGCGAGGCACUGCAGACGAUGAUCUUCAAUAUUUACGUCUGGAUGCAAUUCUUUAAUCAGCACAACUGCCGCCGUGUAGAUAACAAGCUCAACAUCUGGUACCAGGGCGUCCUCCGCAACCCCUGGUUCAUCGGAGUGCAGUGCGCCACUUUGGCUGGCCAAAUGAUCAUCAUCUGGAAGGGCGGUCAAGCAUUUGACACCCGCCCCCUCAAUGGUGCGCAAUGGGGUUGGUCGAUGCUCUUUGGAGUCUUGGUGAUCCCACUAGGCGCAUUGAUACGGCAAGUUCCUGAUGAGUACGUUUAUGGCUUCUUCCAGGCUGUCAAGCGAAGCUUCCUCAGCACAGUACACGUGCUCUCCAAGGUCCUCCCGUCAACGUGGCGGAAGAAGGCCGAAGAAGAAGUGGAGGAUAUGGGAGCGGCUCAGAGCUGGGUCCUGCAGACGGGUGCCGCCCUUUUGCGGCCGAUGAACUACGAAUGGGGCAGUUCGACGCCGCCGCCUGGCUCAAAGCUUGCGGGGCGGGUGUCGAGUAUACCUGCUGCACAAAGAGAGGCGUUGAUUCGAGCUGCAAAGGCGGGCACGGGAGAUAACGAGAUGGAUGUGCCUGCACUGAUUGAUGCGGCACGUUAUGCCAAGGUGGAGUUGUCGUAUGGUCUUGAGGUUCAUCCAGAGACUUCGGAGGAGGAUCCGAUCUUGCUGACAUCCAUUGGAGUUGAUGGGAAGAAGUGUCCGCCGAGCCAGGACCCAGAGAUAUUGCGUUACUUACAACGCCCGUCAUGA